ACAAGAUCAUCUCCGACAACAACAACAAGAAUUGCUUUUGCUGAAUGCGUGAACAGAAAUCUGUUGUUUCCUACAGACACGACAUCGUUUGUCCCGUUUGUGUGAAAAAAGUGUCCUAGGAAGAGCAUCAACGCCGCAAUGGAAUAAUCGAUCCUUUUCGGGUGGUGACACACACAACAAAGAUUUUCCAGCUGUCAAUAAAAGUGUUUACUAGAUUGGUGUGAAGAGCACCAGUCCAACAGCGUAAUUGUCAUACACACACACACACGGGCAACGCACUACCGCAACGCAACGCUCCCUGUUCUGCCCACCCGGAUAGUGCGUCUGGUGUCAAAACAUCCGAUCGACAAAACACGUUUUUUUUUGCUCGUACGAGGAACCGUGACACGACGAAACGGAUAGAUUGCGCGCUGGUGUGUGCGUGAGUGUGUUAAUGUGUAUUGGUGUGCGUACGUGUGUUUGUGUGCGUUUUCUAUAGCAAGUUGUAAAACACCUUUAGCGCGUACCGUGUGUGUUUUGUUGGUGCGUAGUUUAUCCCCGUUCACAAGCAAUCGUGCGUACGUGAAAACAUAAUUGGUGCAACAAGACACCGCAUUCCGGCUGCCCGGAAUUCCCGCACCGUGAGGGAACUGGAACGGCGGACGGCAAACGGGCAGAUGAGCAGAAGCAGCAGUAUGGCCGAAAACACGGUCUCCAACAGCCUACCACCGUCGUCUGCCCAGUCAAAGGUCACGGUCGGGGGGAGCGGUCCAGCUUCCGGUGGAGCAGGAGGAAUGCAUCAUCAUCAUCACCAUCAUCAUCAUCAUCACCACAAUCACCAUAAAUCGAUGGACAUGGGCGGUGCGGGCAAGGCUGGCGGAGGUGGAAGUAAACAUCACACUAAUGUAAUUCACCGGACUACGAGUGAAAGUUUACGAUUGGGUGGUGGAGGAGCCGGCAGUGGCUCAUCAAUGAACAACAGUGUUAGCGGCAGCACAGGUGGUGCAUCCACGAUGGGGAGCAGCGGUGGGAAUGGCAACAUGGGCAGCAACGAAAACUCUGUCAGCAGCAGUAUGCUAAAUUCGUCCACAUCGGCGAACAGUAUUUCGCGGAAGAGUGGCAGCACAUCGACCGGCGGUGGCGCUGGUCAUGGAGGAGCCGGAGCUGGAGGUAGUGGAAUUGGUGGUGGUGCUGCAGGACCCGGCGGCAAAACGUCGUCCUUCACAAUCACAUCGGUGAUCGUUGGACCGGGCAAGCACAGUGCCGACAAUGGUGACGAUUCGGCAGAUGAUCUGGAUGAGUCGCACACCGACGAUAAUAGCCGGAUAACAGACUUUGAGAAUGAAACUCCCAGCUUUUCGGAGGAUACCUUCAGUAAAGAGGAUGUGUUUUUUACGAACGCGAUCGGCAGUGUGCCAGUCAUACCGACCAGUUCACAGUACGGGUUGGCGAUCGUAGCGCCGAAUGAUCGAACGCACGGUGGGGAGGUACUGGCCGAUGCGAUGCACGUCAGUGUUACGGAUGGCGGCAUUAACAUCAUGGGGCACGGCAAGGGUGAAAUGAGUGAUGGGAAGGAGCUGCAUCAUCGGAACGAGCGGUUUAAGGUGGUCAAGAUUGAAAGUACCGAACCGUUCAAGCGUGGUCGGUGGGUGUGUAUGGAUUAUCUCGACCAUACGACGCUACAGCAGCCGAAAGAAAUCUCGACCGGUGCGGAGGGCAAUGAGGCGGUGGGUGGUGGCACGAAUGCAUCCGUUACCACGCAGGACAGUGGCGUUGGUAUGAACGAUAACGCUAGUUUCGCACCUUCGGACGGGACAAUGGCGAGCGAGUUGCCCAGUAUGGAUUACCAUCCAAACGCCGUCAGCUCAUCGCCGGUAGUAGUGGGCAGUUCGGUAGCCACAUCGACGUCGACGACUACCGCCUCCAAUGUAAGCAGUACGCUACAUGGAAUGCUAAACAACGAAUCUCCCGGCCAGAGUCUAAAUCUUCCUCUCGCUGGUGGAAACACAAGCGGAGGAGGAGCUGCCGGAACUACUGGCAAUACUGCUACUAGUCACGUGCAGUCUACCAACACCGCGGGCCAAGGCAACGGUACCGUCGGUGGUGGGACAGGUAUACCGCACAGUUUACCUCAGUCGCAGCUUCAGAAUGCGCUGGCGGGCCAGCAACCGCAGCAACAAAGCGCAGCGUACUCGCAAGGACAGCAAGGACAAUCCCAAUACUAUCCCCACACGAUGACGAACCUGGCUGACCUGAAUCAGCAGUCUGUGUCGAGCCCGCAAGCCCAUCAACACCAUCAACACGGUGCUACUCUUCCAAGCAACAUGCAAAUUCACCCGCAAUCACAACCACCCCAGCAGCAACAGCAACCCAGCAACACCGCUGUCUCUUCCAACAACAUUCUUCCGCCACUGGUCGCGCCCAUCCCAACAUCACAGGAGAUGAACAUUAUCAUCAACAAUCCGACCAUCCAAUCGAGCUUCCCGUCACCCCACCAGCAGUUUAAGCCACAACAACCGCAGCAAACAGCCUCCCAGACAAACUCGCCCGUCGUCGUUCCCACGUCCCUGCUCGACAACAACGCGACCGUCACCGGGGAAACCGUACCGCUGAACAAUGCCACCACGGGCACAACCAUCCUUUCGCCAUCCACCGGUUCGGGCAAUGCAGGUGCUGCCAUCUCCUCGACUACCGGUGGCGGCAGUGCUCACGAUACAGCUGGCUCUGUAUCGAUCGUCACGGAUCCACUGAUGAAUUCUUCGCCGUCGGCCACUUCCUCACCGGUGACUUCGUCCGCUCAGAUAAUUCCACAACCGGCAACGUUUGCACCUCCACCGGGUGCUGGUGCUUCCACCGCAGCGAUCGGUGAUCCUUCCUCCACGGUUCCACAGAACGCUACGACGGCUCCCAAUUCCGUUACUAGCGGCAGCAACAACACUGCUGUCGGUGGUGGAAGCACCACCACGAACGGUGUCGUCGCGGCUGGCUCUCCGUCGUCUACCGGUGCUAUCGGCCCGGCCAGUUCAAUUGCCGGUAGCUCGGGCACCGAUCAGCUGUCGUCGGAAGCGAAACUAUUAUCGGCUGUAUCUGGCGUUACGGCUGGAACCGUUGCUGGUGACGGUGAGGACCCAGACAAGGCGAACGCUGAAGAUGGUGAAAGCAGCAGCGGGUUGCAGGCGCAGCAGCAGCAACUGCCGUCUCUGCCAUCUGCAAAGCAACAGCAGCAGCAGCAGCAGCAACAACCGUUAGGCACAAACGCUUUUCCCGAUGCGAAUGCGUCGUAUGACAAUUUCCAGAAUGCUUCGCUAGACAGAGGUGUUAUGCUGGCAGCACUGCAGCCACAGAUCGCUCAGCAGCCACAGCAAAUGCCACAGCAGCCGGUGCCGCCGCAACAGUAUCCGCAGUAUCAUGCACCGUUGUAUCACGAGAAUGCCGACAAGCUCUCGAAAGCGUACUCACUGCCACCGUCUAUGAGUGCUGCGGCGAAAGAAUCGCUUCGGAAGGAGCUGGCCCAAAGUCGGCUAGAGCAGCAGCAGCAACAGCACGCCGCACGCAAAUUCCAACCUGUUGCACGCGCUUUCAAUGUUGUUAUUACCUCCGGCAGCACGGCCGGAACCACUAACCCUUCCAGCACAACGCACGUUUCGGGUCCGUCGAACACCAGCAACAUCUACACCAAUAUUGCACUGGGGAAAAGCAUCCAAAACCUCAUGAAACCCACGCCCGUGCUGGCGACGGCCGUGGCCAAUCGCUUAACCGGAGGAUCGCUCACGCGUUCGGUCGGUGCCCUUGGGUCGUGUCAAGAGUUGCCCGAAGGUACGCCGGCACCGGAAGCAACCGGUUACUGUCGAGCCGCCAGCAGUCUGCUGGGCAAUUUCACCGGCAGCAACAGCGUGAGCGCGUGCACGGCAACGCAUCCGCAUCGUUGUGUGCAGGAUUUGAUCAAAGAGGAGCUGGGCGGCAGUCGGCUGAGCAAAGCGGGAAGUAUGAUUAAUAUGAGCACCGAUUCGGAUCUGUUUACCGCCGGCGGUUCACAGUCGCAUCCUGCGUCGGGACGCUCGAGCCCAGCGUACCUGCAAGGAACAACGCCAGUUGGUAGUCCGCCACGAUACCUGAACACGCUCGGUCCCGCGUACAGCGGCGGUGGUGGUGGAGGAAGUGCCCGCGUAAGCCGAGCUCCCUCGCCCUCUGUUCUUCAUGCAAGCGCUGGCGGUGGCGAACACGCAAGUGCUUCGGGAACAAGUGCGGUCGCCAUCGAUAACAAAAUCGAGCAAGCAAUGGAUCUGGUCAAAUCGCAUCUUAUGUUUGCUGUUCGCGAAGAAGUGGAAGUACUGAAGGAGAGGAUAUCGGAGCUGAUGGAUCGCAUUAACCAACUCGAGUACGAGAACGGCAUUCUCAAAGCGAACGCAUCACAGGAAACAUUGGCGCAACUGACCACCGGCGGUAACAGCGUGGCAGCAGCGCCAACAGUCGCAGCCACAGUGCAGCAGCAGGUUACGACCACCACUACCGCCAAUGCCGGUUCCACCAAAGUACCAACCUCCUCGGCAAACCCUGCCAACGGUUCUGUUUCCUAAGCUUAGCGUUCCAAACCAGCCGUUAGACGUACACUUGACAUAAAGACUAUUAUUACUACUACUACUACUACUAACCGAAGCAAGUAGCAUCAUCACUGAGAGCAUCCUAUGCGUGUAGAGAAGCCGCAGAUGUUUCGGGUUAAAGAGCCGCCGCUCUACGCACCUCGAAACUAUUGGAGCGUAAUAGGUCUACAUCCUACGUUUUGCGAUGCUUCUUCCUAGUCCAGCGGGUAACUGACUCUCUGUGAUUGUUGAGGUGAGCGGACAGAAGUGUUCCCACUCCGACACUGGUUGUCUCCGGGAGGAGGAGCCUUAACGUGAGCUGAUGCUUUUCGAUACAGCAACUUCAAUUCCAAGCCCCUGUUAGUAUUAACGUUAUUGCACAUCGAGACCCACGGAUCUUGUUUGCACAUUUGCUCGAAAGUGGCGAUUCGCGUUGCCUGCCCGUUCGGGAUUUUCGAAUGUAGCCGCAAGGUGAAGGAACAACUAGACGCACCCACAACUCACGGAUAUGUCUAAGGAUCAGCUGAAUGCGGACAAUGGAACGUUUCGUUUAGCUAAUUCGACUGCGAACGAUAGCGCAAAUGACGCCAAACACACCAGAAAUUCGAAGCAAUACAAACAUACGGUCGCGGUUGCUUCAAUUGUGUAGACGAAGCACGAAUAGUGAAGGAAUCCUGAAAGAAGAAUCUAACAUAAUGUUGCCAAUGGUAGUUGAAAACAAAUAGCUAAGCAUUCUCAAACCCGUAUGAAGCGUAGCACCACUUCGUAGAAGUAGGGGGGUAAGGUAAUGUUUAUUGGUUAAUGAAGCUAAACCAUUGUACCACCUCGACUAAAAAAUCGAGCAAAAACAGCGAGCCGACCGGUAAAAGUGCAGGCCUAUUUAGUUGAAGCGGUUGAAGAAUAACACACAUUACACAUACAUACACAAGCAGUUGUCUAAAUUUUAAAUGGUAUAGCUUGGCGCACGCAAUAAAUGCAAACAGAUUUGUGUAGGGAUGGAAAGACAAAGGUUAGCGAAACGUUACAGAACGCGGAAAGAAGCCAACAAACGGAACUGAGAUACGUUAAAAUGUGAUUUAAUGAUAGGAAGUGACUAGUGACAAGUGAAUAAGGCAAAGUGUUGUUGUUAGUGGGAAAGCAAAUCGCACCAUACAUUUAGCCGACUCCCAAAGCAAGUAGGUUAUAAAACGCACCGGAGAGUAAUAAACGAACGCCGUAACAUAUGCUGGACGUAACUCAGCAUUAUCCAAAAACUAUUUGCUUUUAUUUCAAAGUAUUUGAUAUGUACUGUGUUUUAGCCUUUGGAGUGUUAUCAGCAUAGGUUGCAUAUUUUUGUUGUCAUAUUGGUCGUCACUGAAAAAAAACAAACAUACAGUUUAAAGUUUAUUGGCUAAUUUACUUUUCGCUGGCAACUACGCCAAACACAAAAGGAAAAAGAAACGAUCGCUGCCCCUGCUCCGUUCCGCACGAGUGAUGUUACGGGAAGUAAUGUAGCAAACGGGAUGGUAGGACGACAGACGGAACGAAUACUCCCGGCUACAGUUGUGUAGUACUGGUGGAAGCAAUACUUUGUUAAAUUAUUUUCAUUUUUAUAGUUUUCCUGUUUGAUCUACUGUUUCGUUGAUCUUAGUGUAAACCCCAUCAAACAUAGGGAAGGUGUAUCACAAGAAAAAGCAGGUCUUUGUGUGAGUUGCUAGGAUCCGAAAAUUCAGCAAGGAUUAGGAAAACAGAAGAUUCAAGGCAAAUAAAUGUGAUUCGUUUGUACAUAAUGAUGAUAGGGAAUGUUUAACAAAAGAAAUGAAAGAGAUUUAUCGAGCUAGAAGGCACGACACAGAGCUACCAUUCGCGUUCAUGCCAUGGGCGUUCGAGAUAGGUAUAUAGUAUACAUGUAAAAAAAAAAUCUGGACCGUAAAUAGAUCGACAAGCAAGAAGUAUGUGGACGUCAUCAGCCAGACAAGUAGCAAGUUGUAGCAAUUGAGCGUGAUGUGCUUUUUUAUUGUUUGUGUUUUUAUCCCGUGGCCGUAGUCUAAUUGGUACCAAGUACCAGACGCCUGCACGGAAUCACACGAAAGUAAGAAAAUUAAGCCACUGUUAUCAUCGUUGCGUACCGCGAGCAGAACAUAGAAUCAAACACAAAGCGGCGGUCGUCGGAACUGUGCCCAAAUCCCAACAGAUUAACGCUACAUUGAAGCCAUGAUGUGCUGUUACACAACAAUAAGUAACAAAAAACCAGGACACACAUAUUAAAUGCAAGCACAUAGCACACAGAAGAUAUGAAAAGGAUGAAAGUUUAGCAACCACACAACUUCAUCUCGCCUCAUGUGUUAUAUAUUUUUAUCGAACAAUGCCACAACAAUACACACAAACCGAUGAAACGAUGUGAAUGGUGUGGGUGAUUCAAGCAUCCAACUGGCUAGUGGAUUUGAUGAAAAGAAAAAAUAAGUCAUGAAAAGCAUAAAUAGUAGAUUACCUUCAUCGCUUGUCAACCGCGCCUAGCGUUUAAGUUUAAUAGGAAAAAGAACUCCCCAUUUAAUUAAAGCUCCUACUCGCAGGAAUAGAGAAUCAAUAGAGACAAAUCAACGAUGGGAAAUUGCACACACUUGUGGAUAAUAGAAGACGGCUGCACAAUAUAGAGUGUGCAUGUAGCAUCGAUGGCAACGUUUGGCUUCUGCUUUUUGUUCGCACAGAAAUGGAAGCAGUUUUGUUUCCAAAUCUAUCGCUUUAAUUUCCUCGACAAAAGCAGCCUCCCUUUUAUUUACAUUGUUUUUUUUUAUUUAUUACAACAAAAAAGGUCCUAUUCAAAUAAUCCUACUCUAAUGCAAAAUAAAAUACCAAAAAAAGGAACAAAAACUGAAUCGAAACUACUAUAUAUUGCAAAUGAUGUGCUGACGCCGUGCACCGAAAAUCGUGCAUUGCCAUUACGAGAAGAGAGAAAAAGAACAUGAAAGUACUGAAAAAAGAAACAGAUUAUAAUAAAUCAAAAUACAA